AUGCAGUACUACGACGACCGAAUGGGGGGAGGGAGGAAAACCAGCGAUUAUCAGCCGAUUGGGCAGACCCCAGUCUGCCUCGAUUCUGACGCUGCCGGGCAAAAAGGACCGAACACCGGGAAAACUGGUAGUGCUCCCACAGGAGAACAUCUACACGGGCCAAACUCAGGCUUGAACCCCAUCGAGGCUCGCGUGCUAGCGGACGCCGAAUCAGUCCCGACGCCACCUGCUAGUACGUCAGGACAGCCACCUCAAGAAGAUGAGGAAAUCGAAAUUGGCAUAUCGUCCUCCACCGUACGUCUUUUUGCAGGGAGGCUAUACCUGGCGCUACCAAAUGUUCGACCUCCCGGCUUAAAGGAGGAUGAGAUAAGCGAUCUCAUCCAACAUCUCGAAACGGAUCUGAAAGCAGCCCUCGGGAAAAUUAAGGCCAAGAGCCACCGCAAGCCCUGGAAAGAAAGCAGUCUUAUCAUCAAUAUGCGAAUGUCAGGGGCUCUGGAGGAUGGCGCGACCAAAGUUAAGCUUAAGCCAUGUAUCUGGCUCUUCUGUGGAAGCCGAUGGUGCCGCAAAAUCAUCGAGAAGGAAGUUAAGAAGCUCAAUUGGCGCCUCCCAUGCGGCAUUCAAAUCGUGGACAAGGGAGGGCCAUUGCUGGCAGCAAGUGAAGACUCAGACGAAGGUUAUGCCGAUGACGAUCCAAGCGAAGACGAUGACUCGACUUGCUUGGCUGGUUUUUUCAAUGUCUCACACAGCAUGCCUGCCUUUGCGCCAGGUCAUCCGCACUGUGCCACAGGCUUAGACACAACCAGGGGCAGUGAACAUGGCGAGAACAUCUCAUCUGCGGUAUUAUCGCCUUCUGGCUCGCAUCGGUUGGAGGAGCAAGAGAAUAUCUUGGCGUGGAGGGCGCCCCUCAGCCCUCCAAACAGCGUGAGCGCGGCGCCUCUCUCGAGUUCCAAGUCUGUUGGAUCGGGGGCCUCAAGUACGCCUGCCCUGCCCAGCCGUAAGAACGUCGUCACCUACGCGAUACACCGUUCAGGUCGGUCGUCGAACUCACGGCAUGACCUCGAGACGCGGAAUGUUUAUCCAUCAGGUCCCGGUUGUCGUGCCAUGCGCAGGAGAUCGCGUGCGAGCUUCUCGGACAGUGAACAUGUGGCAGAAACCAAUCUGAAGCUCUUGGACGACAUGAUCUUGGAAUUCUAUGUCCAGGAGAGUCCCACAAACUCAGCGAUUGGCUUGGUAUGCCGCUCAACAAUACGAACGCAUCGAGCGAUCGUUUCAGAAAGGUUUUCGCGGAUGGGCGGCGUGAUUACUGUCACGCGAGGUUUGGAGACCACGCUCUACGGUGUUACUUCCGGUCACAGUCUGAUCUGCCAGAUACUUGAAGAUGCACCUAGUGGUACUGACGAUUCACGCUGCUCAUUCGAUAAUUACUCGGAUAUAUCCAAUUCCAGCGGGGACUCGAAUUCCGAUGACAUGUCAAAAGACAAUCACAGCCACGGUCAUGAUCCACUUCCUCCUUACGAGACCACAAAGAAGUGGAUAAAUGCCAGUCAGGGCUUAAUAGCAACUUUCGUUGGCUUACAUGCCGAUUCGAGGCAAUUUGGGAUGAUUCCUCGUGAGACAUCAGUCAAGAGUGGGAGGAUGGUUGGCGAUCUGGCACUGAUAAAGUUACCCAAACAUUGUGCUCGAAGGCUGCAAAAUCAAUUCGUCGAGCCCGUUAAGCCCAGAGACAACUCACCGCAAGAAAAGGGUCUGAAUCCUCCGGUGAUCGAGGCUGACGAUGGCGAAAACGAAUUAUUCGUGCUACUGAGUAAGACACGCUCAGUUGCGGGAUCCCGCGUCACAGGCACAUUUCAUUUCAGUGUAGGAGGGAGGAAAUUAGAGACUGAGAGGAUUAUGCUGUCGGAAGAUCUUGAACUUGGGUCUUCAGGCGCAUGGGUGGUCGAAAACGAUAUCCUUUAUGGAAUGGUUAUCGCAGUCGUUCCCACGGAGCGCUGCGCUUUGAUCUUACCCCAGAAGCGGAUGUAUUCUGAUAUAAAGAAGAUGUUCCCGGACGCAACUAGUAUUCUCGUCAGCUCGGAAAUCCCUGCUGUUGUUCAUCCACCCGUUGAGUGGCUUGGGGGUUGCAAGAGGCAAGUGUAUUCCGAAUGUCAGAAUGGGAAUACUAGAGGAAUUUUCACUCUGAAUGGAAAGGGCAAGGGCAACGCACAGGCACGACGUCUUUCUAUAGUAUAUGAGCAGGAGAAAGGCACUUCAGUAAGGACUUUUGUGAACAGGAGCGCCAGUGGGCCUCGUAGAAGUCGACGUGAACCGGCUCAGUACUACACGUAA